UUCAGUUGUAACUUACAAUAACAUUCAGUAAAAUGUUUACUAAUGCUUCUUUCUUCAAGAAUCUCUUCUUUUUCUUCUUUCGACUUGUUUCCGGCAACCCGAAAGUACUUCACCGGAGUUUUAGCAGUCUCUACUCCGGUCAAACUAAGUACCAAAGAUACCCUUCACUUGCUCAUAGAACAGACCUGUCGAGCAAAACUUUAGUCUUUAAUGUCGAACAAACUCUGUUGAAAUCAUCCUCUUUGUUUCCUUACUUUAUGCUUGUAGCUUUUGAAGCUGGAAGCAUAUUUAGGGCUUUUUUACUUUUCCUUUUAUACCCUUUUGUCUGUUUGGUUGACAGGGAAACGGGGUUGAAGAUAAUGGUAAUGGUUAGUUUCUUGGGUGUCAAGAAAGAAAAUUUUAGGGUUGGAAGAGCUGUUUUGCCUAAAUUUUUCUUGGAGGAUGUUGGGUUAGAAGCUUUUGAAGUGUUGAAAAGAGGCGGGAAAAAAGUUGCUGUUAGUGAGUUUCCUCAAGUUAUGAUCGAGAGUUUUUUGAGAGAUUAUUUGGAGAUUGAUAUUGUUGUUGGAAGAGAAUUAAAAUCUGUUUAUGGGUAUUUUACUGGAGUCAUGGAAGAGAAAAAUAAAGAAAUUAUGAAAGUUUCUGAGAAGAUAAUUAGUCAAGAUUAUAAUAAUGUUGUUGGUAUUAGUCGGUUCAAUAGGUCUCUUGAUGAUCAUCAGCUGUUCUCUCAUUGCAAGGAAAUUUACUUGGUCAGAGAGUCAGACAAAAGGAGCUGGCAAGAAUUACCCAGAGACAAAUACCCAAACCCCCUCAUUUUCCACGAUGGUAGAUUAGCCAUUAAACCAACCCCACUCUCUUCUCUAGCCCUAUUCAUGUGGCUCCCCUUCAGCCUCAUCCUCGCCGGAAUCCGCUUAAUCGCCGCCUUAACUCUCCCCUACAAAAUCUCCAUCCCCAUCUUAGCCUUCUCCGGCAUCCGCUGCACACUAUCAAACCCUAAUAAUAACCCCUUAAAAUCACAAACCAACACGAAAAAAGGACUUCUUUUCGUCUGUAACCACAGAACAUUACUAGACCCUUUAUACCUCUCAUUCUCACUAAACAAAUACUUUACUGCCGUCACCUACAGCCUAAGCAGGAUGUCGGAGAUAUUAUCACCGAUCAGAACCGUUCGAUUAACGCGUAACCGCGAUAAAGACGCCAUGAUGAUGGAGAAACUAUUGAGUCAAGGUGAUCUCGUGGUAUGUCCGGAAGGUACAACAUGUAGAGAACCCUAUCUUUUAAGGUUCAGCCCAUUAUUUGCGGAGAUGAGUGAAGAAAUUAUUCCGGUGGCUUUGGACACUCAUGUUAGUAUGUUUUACGGCACGACAGCCGGCGGGUUAAAAUGUUUAGACCCUAUUUUUUUUCUGAUGAAUCCUUUACCGAGUUACAUGAUUCAGGUUCUUGAUCAAGAAUCUGGGCUGUUGAAACGUGACGAUGAUAAAAAUGGUGAGGAUAAAUCAAGAUUUGAUGUUGCUAAUCAUGUGCAAAGUGAGAUUGGUAAGGCUUUAGGAUUUGAGUGCACCAAUCUUACAAGAAGAGAUAAAUAUUUGAUUUUGGCUGGUAAUGAGGGAUUUACUACUUGAUCUACUAGUAAUAAACCCUAAUGUUAGCCUUCAUGAUAUGUUUCUCAUGCACUUUUUUGUGGUAAUUAAUGGGUAGGGCGUGUAUAUAGUAAAAUUGUUUUUUAUUUUUUUUUAUUAUUUUUAUGCCAAAUUAUGAUACAUAAUAAUGUGUUUAUUAACUAAUUAAUUUUUUGUGAA